UCAGUUUCGAAUCGUACGCGUUGGCAGUCGUGUUCGUGCGUGAUCAAUAGGAAGGUGAACCAGACAAACAAAAAAACCGAGACCCCGGGAAGUGUUCCGGGAGGUGACGAUCGUGCACCAUGAAGCUGCUGCUAGUCGUAGUGUUACUCAGUGCGGUGGUUGCGUUAGUGACCGCGCAAACCAAGGAGGAGAAAGAGUUCAAAUGUCCGGAAGGCUACGGAAAUGGCAACUUUGCCGACCCCGCCACCUGUCGGAGGUUUUAUCAGUGUGUGGACGGGUACCCGUACGUGAACCGGUGUCCUUCGGGGCUGUACUUUGACGAUGUGCAAAAGUUUUGCACCUUCAAGGCUGAGGCCAAGUGUGGGCCGCUGCCAAACCAACCGCCCGCCACGACGGAGGCCGCCGUCGAUCUGGCCAAACGGUGCGACCCGGCCGAGUGCGAGCUGCCGUACUGCUUCUGCAACAAGGACGGCACGCUGAUUCCGAAGGGGCUGAACGCGGACGAGAUUCCGCAAAUUAUUCUGCUGACGUUCGACGGGGCCGUCAAUCUGAACAACUACGAGCAUUACAAGAAGGUCUUCAACGGCAAGCGCCAGAAUCCGAACGGCUGCGACAUCAAGGGCACCUUCUUCAUCUCGCACGAGUACAGCAACUACCAGCAGAUCCAGGUGCUCGCCAAUGGAGGCCACGAGAUCGCGGUGGAAACCAUCUCCCUUCAGCAGGGUCUCCAGGACAAGGGCUACGAGGAGUGGGUCGGCGAGAUGAUCGGCAUGCGGUCCAUCCUGAAGCACUUUUCGAACGUGUCCUCGAACGAGAUCAACGGCAUGCGGGCACCGUUCCUGAAGCCGGGCCGCAACACCCAGUACAAGGUGAUUGAGGACUUUGGCUUCAUUUACGACAGCUCGAUCAGCGUUCCGCCGAGCCCGAUCCCGAUGUGGCCGUACACGCUGGACUACAAGAUCCCGCACGAGUGCAAGAGCGGAACGUGUCCGACCAAGAGCUUCCCCGGAAUCUGGGAGGUCCCGCUGAACGCGCACUUUGUCGAGAGCUACGAGGGCGGACACUGUCCGUACAUGGAUCAGUGCGUGCUGCACAAUCACGACGCCAACGAGGUGUUCCACUGGCUGCAGGAAGACUUCGAACGGUACUACUACCAGAAUAAGGCCCCGUACAUGAUGCCCUUCCACACGAACUGGUUCCAGAUCAAGGAGCUCGAAGGCGGUCUGCACAAAUUCCUCGACUGGACGCAAACGCUGCCCGACGUGUGGUUCGUGACGGUGACGCAGGCCCUCACCUGGAUCACCGACCCCAAGACGCUGAAUCAGCUCAACAACUACGAGCCGUGGAACUGCAAGGUCAAGUCGACGCAAACGCCCAAACCGUGCAACAUUUCGAACAAGUGCGCGCUCGCGUUCAAGGAGCCGACGUCCAACAUUAGCGACACGCGCUACAUGGAGACGUGCUUCGAGUGUCCGGCGGUGUACCCGUGGCUGGGCGAUUCGCACGGCUCGGGCAUUCCCGGCCGGGACAACUACAUCGAUCAGAGCGAGGCCGGCGAGGGAAAGGGCGGCUCGUCGGAUGAUGAGAACUAGAGGGGGAGGAGGACGAGGAGAAGGAGAGAGAUUUGUGAUGCGCACUAAUUUUUUAACGUGUAUUUCGUGUAAGCUGAUUGAUAUCAGAGUUUAAGUUUCUUCCCUGAACCGCACGUGCGUGAAGGAAGAAGAAAGUGAAGCAAUGCGUGCACUUGCGUGCGUUUGCUUAAGAACCUCAUCUCGUUUGUGCGAGAGCCAAAAUUUAAAAAUAAAAUAAACGAAAAUCUCGA